GAGGAGGAGGAGGAUUGUACAUGAGUGGAGAGCAGCAGACGUUUGGCUGUCCGUCUGGAAGUGCUGAGGCAGGGCAUGCGGCACAGUGCUCUGGCUGUCCGGGCGCUGGCGAGUGUGCGUCGGGCGGCGGAGUCGACCCGGAUGCGGCCGCCAUUAGCUUGCGAAUGAAGGCGACGGGGAAGCGGAUUCUGGUUCUUUCGGGAAAGGGAGGUGUGGGGAAGACAACUGUCGCUGCUCUGCUUGCGACGGGGCUGGCGGCGCGAGUGGCGGCAGCCAAGAAGCCGAGCUCGGCCCGAGCGGGAUCAUCAUCAGCGGCGCAGACGGCGAGGCCCAAGCGAAAGGCGGCGCCCGCUGUAGGCCUCUGUGACGUCGAUCUGUGUGGUCCGUCGUGUGGAUUGGUCAUGGGUGUCGGCGGCGAGUCUGUGGUGGCGACAGAGUAUGGAUGGCAGCCUGUAGUGGCCUCGCUCGGUGCGGGAGCAGACUCGGACUUUCCGGGCGUCAAGGUCAUGUCGGCAGCGUUCUUGCUUGGCGGUGACGACAAGCCUGUGGUGUGGCGCGGUCCACGCAAGUCAUCGCUCAUCCGGCGCUUCCUCAAGGACACCUUCUGGGGCAGGCUGCAGUAUCUGAUCUUUGACACUCCACCGGGCACGUCGGACGAGCACCUCACCGUGGUCAAGUCGCUGGUCGACUCUGCUGCGCCCGAGGGUGCGGUCAUUGUGACCACGCCGCAGGCUUCUGCGCUCAACACUGUCAAGCGCGAGAUCCUUUUCUGCGCUGCCAUGGAUGUGCCUGUCCUCGGCGUUGUCGAGAACAUGGCCGGCUUUGUCUGCCCCUGCUGCACCGACGUGACCGCCAUCUUUGACCCUUACGUCUCAAGCCACCCGGCGGCGACGGGCCUCUCUGGCGGCGCUGCUCUUGCCGCCGAAUUUGGCCUGCCCUUCCUUGGUGGCCUCCCGCUCGAUCCGAGCCUGGCCACCCUAGCCGACGCCGGACAGCACCCGCUUCUUACCGGCGACGCCGAGAGUCCUCUGCGUGAUGCCCUCAACGCCGUCCUUGAUGCCCUUCUCGCUGUUCUCGACGGCACUUCGGAGGUCCCUGCCGCUGUCCCUGUCGCGCAGGCCUUGAGUGACCUGACGCGGGCAACGACGGCGACCAAGGCGAUGGCAGAGUCAGGAGCGCUGGGCUCGGCGACGGGCGGCUCGACGCUGGACAACAAUGACGAGAUCUUUGACAUCUUUGAUGAGAACAACAAGCUGAUUGGCCAGGCUCGGCGGGAGGAUGUGCACAAGCAGGGGCUCUUCCACCGCGCGGUCAACGUGGUUCUCAUGGACAACGCGGGCCGCGUCCUGCUGCAGCAACGCUCGGUUGGAAAGGCCAUCAAUGGUGGGUGUUGGGACGUAUCGGUUGGUGAGCAUCUGUCGCCUGGGGAGACUUAUCGUCAGGCUGCUGUCCGCGGCCUGGCGGAGGAGCUCGGUCUUGCUGGUGGCGAUCCGGGAGACGCGCUCGUGUGCAUCGAAGAGCCACGGCUGUGUGCGUACAGCUACCCAGAGGUCGGCAAAAUCGACAACGAGUUCUGUGCCCUCUACCUCUGGCGCGGCUUUGAUCCGGCCGUCCAUCCUGUUGUCCCAGACGGCAUCGAGGUCUGUGACGUGGCAUGGCUCCCGCUCGACCACGCUGCUGGUCACCCCGAUCUCCUUGCCCACACCGGCGGCAAGCACACCCCACGCUCAACGACUCGCUUCCACUUGUUGACCCCCUGCGUCCGUGGUCUGAGCCUAGCAGCAUGGGCGCGCUAA